GUCUGGAAGGCCCGCAUCGUUAGGGAGCGUAGAAGCGGCGUUUCUGGUUACGGGGCUGGACAAAGGGCAAAGGUCAGCCUCUGGGUUGGCGAGCACCACCUUUGGGCCAUGGCCGCAUCUGGGGAACCGGGCCGGCAGUGGCAGGAGGAGGUGGCCGCGGUGGUAGUGGUGGGCUCCUGCAUGACCGACCUGGUCAGUCUUACUUCUCGUUUGCCAAAAACCGGAGAAACCAUCCAUGGACAUAAGUUUUUUAUUGGCUUUGGAGGGAAAGGUGCCAACCAGUGUGUCCAAGCUGCCAGGCUUGGAGCAAAGACAUCCAUGGUAUGCAAGGUUGGCAAAGAUUCUUUUGGCAAAGACUACAUAGAAAACUUAAAACAGAACGAUAUUUCUACAGAAUUUACAUAUCAGACUCAAGAUGCUGCUACGGGAACUGCGUCUAUAAUUGUCAAUAAUGAAGGCCAGAAUAUCAUCGUUAUAGUAGCUGGAGCAAAUUUACUUUUGAAUACCGAAGACCUGAGGGAAGCAGCCAGGACCAUUAGCAGAGCCAAAGUCAUGAUCUGCCAGUUAGAAAUAACUCCAGAAACGUCUUUGGAAGCCCUGACAAUGGCCCACAGCAAUGGAGUGAAAACAUUGUUCAAUCCAGCUCCUGCUGUUGCUGACCUGGACCCUCGCUUCUACACCCUCUCAGAUGUGUUCUGCUGCAAUGAAACUGAGGCUGAGAUCCUAACUGGCCUGGCGGUCGGCAGCCCUGCAGAUGCCGGGCAGGCUGCACAGGUGCUUGUGGAAAGGGGCUGCCACGUGGUCAUCGUCACCUUAGGUGCUGAAGGAUGUGUGAUGCUGUCCCAGACAGAACCCGUGCCAAAGCACAUUCCCACCGAGAAAGUCAAGGCUGUGGAUACCACGACUCUUUCUGUUGAAGUGAUCUACAGUGUCUAUCUUUCCAUCAAUAUCUCACUGUCUGAUUACUAUAUCUUAUGGGCGCUGGUGACAGUUUUGUGGGGGCUUUGGCCUUCUACCUGGCUUACUACCCAAGUCUGUCCUUGGAAGAAAUGCUCAAGAGAUCCAAUUUCAUCGCGGCAGUCAGUGUCCGGGCUGCAGGAACACAGUCUUCUUAUCCAUACAAAAAAGACCUGCCACUUGAUCUGUUUUGAUUGCUACUAACCCUAAAAUAAACGUACUUGGGGGAGGGAGGUGGCCUCUCUUAGCUAGCAGCUUACUAUCAAAUAGCCUCUUCUCCUUUCUUUGCAAAUAUGUUCAUUUGUGAAGUCAUCCUCAGCCUUUACUCUUUUAUAAUAAUGAUUUCUUCACUUUUCAUGUAUUUACAAGAGCCACCCAAAAUUAAGGAUGCCAUGACCAGGACCUGUACAAACAUUACCACGAUGAGGAGCCAGCAAACUCACUUGCCAACAGAUCCUGAAUGCCGUACGUCCACCACAGGGCAGGGCUUGUGGACAACAAUGUCUAGAGUCCGAGCAGAGAAUGUUAAAUAAGGGAAGGGUCACAUGAAUUGGACUGUUCAAGCUGUUCCUAAGAGAGACAGUUGAUAUUUGGUGCUGGUGUUGUCAAAGCUUCUGUUUUGUGAGAGAAGCCAGAAGUUUGGAUGUUUAUUGAAAUUUUUUCAAUGUUUAAGUAUCAGCAAUUGAUUUUUGAAAAAUGUAAACACCACCUGUGGGCCACAUUCAGCUCAUGUGCUGAAUAGACAAGUCAUUUGUUAAGCCAGAUUUUAAGUUGUUGUUUUGCUUUUUUCAAUGGCGACUCAUUUAUGUCACAGACCCUUUAUAGCAGGCUUAGCUGGGACAGGUGAAGGAUUUUUCUUGUAACCCAAAACCACUAUGCAUAGUUUCAACCGAAAAAUAGCCAAGAUCUCACCUAUUAUUGCUUUGAACCAAAGCUUUAACAACAGAUGCCAGAAAAUAGCUGAUCGACUCUAAUGCCACAAGCCCCCGAAACUCAACAACUGUCUACAUCUAAUUCCAACUUCAGAAAGCUACGCUUGCAUGUCCUCCAUAGACAGACUGGGCCAUGGAGAGGGAACACCUUGGUAACACCAAUGUUACCUUGAAACAUUGGUUUCAUCCUUCUUGAGGCCAUGGUAGGCACACCAUCAUUCUAUAUAAAUGCUUUAAACGGUGUAGGAUAUGAACCAGCAGAACUCAAAAUAAAAGCUGAUCCUUCUUACAUUGUCAGAAAUGUGAUAAGGAGAAAACUGAGUAUUUCUGAAAAUCUGUAGGAAAUAGCUUGAGUGAGAAAGUAUCUGGAUCUGGGUAAGGCAGUCUUACCUCACCUGAACAUUAGGGAUUAGUGGAAUUUCCACUGGUUGGCUGUGUGGGACCAUGCCCCAAAAGCCCUAGCCGUGGCUCUAUGGAAAUACACUAUAGCUCUUCUUUAAAAAAAAAAAAGGAAAUCUAGAAGAUAAAGGGAGUCCAAAGCAUUCCUAGAAACUCCUAGAUACUGCUUCAGUAUCUACUCAGUGACCGGAGUUUGAGAAUAUGGACCAAUGGCAUUUUUCCUAAUUAUAUAAGCACAAAACAGAAGUUCUCAUAGUUUCUUUUGUGUUACAAGGCUGGCCCCCUUAUUCCUGUUCACCAUUACCCUCUCUGUUAUUUCAGGGGAGUUUUUUCAAGAUCACUCUAUAGAGUGACUCUGCCUUUCCUAUGAGGUACAAAGAGGAGCAGACUGGAAAGUCUUGCAUAAGUUUCAUUAUGGAAACUUUCUUUUAUACGAACAAUGGUUAUUCUUCAGUAAUGUAGUUGUUUUUUAUUUCAAAGAGUGGGGGAAAACAUCACCAAGAGACAAUAGCACAGGCUAUUUUAAUAUUUUUUAUUAAGGGCUAUAAAAAUAUCCAGAAAGAUAAAUAAAUGUGAUGCAAUGAUCUAUGUCCUAAUAUGAAGAACUUUCUUUCAGUACAUUGUUUUUCUUCACAAUGGCCUUCAAAUCACAGGAGGCAGUGAUUCCGUGCCAUUUCCUCUUCUUUUAUUACACGCUGCAGAAUUUCUGAAUCAGUAUCCCACCCUCAGUAUUCUCAUUUAUAAAUCAAAUUCGUUUUCAAUCCAUUGUUUAGAGGGAACGUAUUUUCUUCUGUUCCACAAAGAGGACUUUUGCUUUCACUGUAAGAGAAAAAUGGGUUGUAGCAGAAAACUAAAAGUUUCAUUACCGUUUUUAAAUAAAAAUACGUAUCAGACCA